AUGGUGUCUUUGCACCCUCUUGACCCAGCUACUCCGUGGGAGAUUCAGCGGGCGACCGACCUAGUCAAGAAAGCUUACGAAGGUACGGAAAUUCACUUCAAAGCAGCUGGUCUAGAGGAGCCUCCAAAAAGAAUUUUGGUGCCUUUCCUUGAUGCUGAACGCAACAAACACCCUCUUCCACUUAUUUCACGCUAUAUAUCUCUCAUCUGGUAUAUCAAACGCACACCUCGGCUGUUUGAGGCGAUAGUGGAUGUGACCAAUAACCAGUUUAUUCACCAUGCUGAAUUGCCUCGGGACUUUGAUGGACCGGUGGACCGUUUAGAAAUGAAUGAAGCAGCCCAGGUGGUCAUGGCAGACUCUCGGGUGAAGGAAGAGAUUAAACGGUUGAAGAUCGAUGAUACCACAGUGGUCCUUGAUCCAUGGCACUAUGGUGUAGACGGCGAGGAAACCCAGAGAAGACGCACCCAGGUAGAACAGCAUCUUGUGAAAUCGGUCGGAAUGUGCUUCGAAAAUAUCACCCGCCUUCCCUUGGGGUCUGAUCAAACCGCCACGCCUAUUGGCUCGCCUGUACCUCAUCGCCGAACUGACCCUUAUGAAGCUGAGUAUGACCAUCGCAUGCAAGAGAAAGCCCCCAGGACAACCAUGAAACCCUACCAAGUUAUUCAGCCUGAGGGGGCUUCCUUCACAUGGCGAUUCCGUGGAUGGCCUUGCAUGAUAUCCUUCGAUGGGAAGAGUGCAUUUUACAGGCUGUCUCUUUCUGAGAUGUUUGUUCCUUACGGGGAUCCACGAAACCCUAUAUAUCGUAAAGGCGCAUUCGACUUGGGAAACGUUGGUGCUGGAGUGACGGCAAAUAACCUGCAGCUUGGUUGUGAUUGCCUUGGCAUGAUAAAGUAUAUCGAUGGCUGUGUCGUUGCGCAAGACGGAAGCUCAGCACCAAGGCCGAACGUUAUCUGCAUUCACGAGAUCGACAAUGGAAUACAGUGGAAACAUACUAAUCACCGAACAGGCAAGGCUGUGGUAGUUCGCAAGCGGCAACUUGUCCUUCAGACUAUCAUCACAGUGGCUAACUAUGAAUACAUUUUCAUGUGGUACUUCGAUCAAUCUGGUGAGUUGACAUUCGAGACUCGCGCCACUGACAUCUUCUCUACACAACCCAUCAACAAAGAUGUCAAGGUCCCAUGGGGAGCACGAGUGGCCGAUGGUGUAAUGGCUCUGUAUCAUCAACAUCUAUUUGAUUUACGCAUCGAUCCUGCCGUGGGAGGAGAGCGCAACAGUUUUGCGUUGACUGACAGCGUACCCAUGCCCUGGGAUGAGAUUAUCAAUCCUUUAGGCACAGGGUACAUCACCGAGCAGACUAUCCUAAACCGCGCUGGUCCUGUAGGAGAUGACAUAUCUAAGGGAAGGGUCUUCAAAAUCCUGAACGAGAAUGUUGAGAACCCUGUGUCCUUGACACCCAUUGGUUAUAAACUAGUUCCUCAUCGAUCUCAGAUGUUACUUGCGCAACCGGGCUCAUGGCACUGGAGCCGUUCUGAGUUCUGUGAGAGCCCGAUCUGGGUCACCAAGUAUAACGAUCGCCAGCUCUUCCCCGCAGGAAACUACACAAACCAGUCAUUAGGCGGAACGGGUAUCAAGUCGUGGAUUGAAAAGAGCCGGGAUGUGGUUCGGAACGAGGAUAUUGUGGUCUGGCACACUUUUGGCUUCACCCACAAUCCUCGUGUGGAAGACUUCCCAAUCAUGCCGGCCGAGAUUGCUCAAGUACGCCUUGUUCCGUACAAUUUCUGUCUUUAUAUCCCAGCCAUUGAUGUACCCCCAUCCAAUCAAGAUUCCAAUAAGAGCACUGAGUAUAAAGCGCCUGAGGGCUCUCAAUCCUCAGCGCCAUCUGAUUGCUCGGGUACUUGUCGGAGUUAUCUGUGA